GCAGAUCAUGUGACAGGAGUUGGCAAAAAAACCCCUGCUUCUUAGUGCCUUGCAAAGUGAUUUUGUAGAUGUGCUUGUCUCUUGCAACUAACAGAAGAAGCAACUAACAGAAGAACCAAGAACAGAGAUAUUUGGGUUUCUCUGACUGAACAAAAUGUAUUUAUCCAGCAUUUGUGGCAUGGAGUCUGCAUAACUAUCUUGGUAAGUGAUUUAUUAUGAUUUAUUAUUAUAAGACUGAUAAGAUAUACUUCCUCAAAAGCCAGAGAAAAGUGAUAUUAAAAUGAUUGUAUCCUUUGUACUAUAUGGAAAUAAAUUUAUGGGGCAUCGGACUGUCUUUGUGAAAGAGUUCUUUUAUAGGAUAAUUGUGUUUUAUAGGAUAAAUACUUAUUGCAGCAACUCAGUAUUAUGUCUAACUUUUAUUAAAUUAGUUCUAAGAAACUAAACUGAAAACUUUGGGGUUCAGAAAAAGUAUUAAGUAUUCAAGUAACUGUGGAUUUUUAAAAUUGUUUUCUCCCUCUGUAAUAGAGCUAGAUAGCUGCCUGCAUUUUUCUCCCCUUCCGAAAAUUAAUUAAGUAGUUUCCAAGUAUUUUUAAAACACCCUUUUCACUUUUAAAAUAAGGAAUAGUCUGAGCAGUGCAAAACAAAGUAAAAAAAUGAUAAAUUAAAUUGGUGAAAAACAUACAGAGUUGAGAUGGAAAGUGUCACACCCAUAAUUGCUUUCGUUUUUGUUUCGUUUCCCAGAACUGCAGCUCUUCAGUUAAAAUAGUUGGAAAGCCUGAGCACUUCAAGAUAAUGGUAAGCAUUAAUCUCUGAGUGCAAUUCUAUGUAUGUCUACUCAGAAGUAAGUUCUAUGAAGUUCAGUUUUCUCCCAUGUAAGCCUUGCAGUCACAAUUAAUAUUUGUUAAUGGGUGGAAAUGUGUUUUUAAUAGGAUCUAUUACAAAUCCAUACAUUGUUUCCCCUGCCCCUGCACCCCCACAUUUUAUAUUCACAACAGCCCUGUGAGGUGGGUCAGGCUCUGAGAUAGUGACUGACUCAAAAUCACCUAGUGAGAUUCGUAGCUGAGUGGGGAUAUGAACCUGGGUCUCCUCUGUCCCAGUCCACCACUCUAACUGCUAAACCACACUGUCUAUGGUGUACUUAUCUCUGGUUAGAUGCUACAUAUUGUGACUGGCCAAUUGACCCAAGUCACCCAGAACUGCAUGAGGCAAGGAUACCAACUCACCACCAGGGCGAAAAACGUCAUUGGCGGCAGUGGGUGUCAGGCUGGCAGCCAAGUUGGAGGGAGAAUAGCAGCGACUUCUUUUGCCUGUAUAGGGGCAGAGAGAGGCAGAGAGAUGUAUGUGAGAGUGAGAGACUGGAGUUAUGUGAGAUUUGAACCUUUUUAGUCAGGAUCUCUGAAUACUAAUGUCCAAUAUCGGUCUAUUUUUGGGAUGUAGCCAAUCCACACAUAUUGGUAUGAGAAGCUGAGAGUUUUUGAUAGGUGUGGUGCACCUUAAUGCACUUAAACAAAACAGCUUUGGUGUGGUGUGCACACACACCCAGAGCAAACAUAGCUUGUCGGUCAGACCAAAACUCAACCUUCAGCAACCCAGUGAAGGUCCUUAAACUGGGAAACAAAUGAGCACUUUAUCAACCAUUUUCUCUCCCUCUCUUUUACUUACUCUUUAAAAGCUUCGGAGGACCGUGUGAAUGCUUGGUACGAUGUAUUCUGUAACUGUUAUUCACAAUAGCAACGUAAGAAGUUCUUUCUCCCGCCACAAAAGUUUAGAGGAUGUGACAUCAUACAGUCCCAUGUGUCAGAUUUUCUGUUAUUGAAAAAGUUAGACAUAUAGUCAUGCCUCGGGUUGAAGUGGCUUCGGGUUGAGCGUUUUCGGGUUGUGCUCCGCGGCGACCCGGAAGUAACGGAACGGGUUACUUCCAGGUUUCGCCGCAUGUGCAGACACUCAAAAUGACGUCACGCGCAUGCGCGGAAGCGUCGAAUUGCGAUCCGUGCACACGCAGAUGCACAGACGCGGGUUGCGUUCUGCUCUGGAUGCGAACGGUGCUCCGGAACGGAUCCUGUUCGUAUCCAGAGGUACCACUGUACGUCAGUGGGUUUAGGAUUGCACCCUAAGAGUACAGUUGUACCUUGGUUGUCAAAAGCCUUGCAACUCAAACGUUUGGCUCCCGAAUGCCACAAACCCAGAAGUGAGUGUUCCGGUUUGUGAAUGUUCUUUGGAACCCAAAUAUCUGACCCUGCUUCCACGGCUUCCGCUUGAGUGCAGGAAGCUCCUGCAAGCCAGCAGAAGCCGCACCUUGGUUUUCAAAAGUUUUUGGAAGUUGAACGGACUUCCGGAACGGAUUUCAUUCGAGAACUAAGGUGCUGACUAGAAACGCUUUGAAUUUUAGCCAUAGCAGCUUUGUGAUUACUUGUUAGCUACUUCAUCAACUUUGUCGUUAAGGUGCUGCAAGGCACUUGGUUCGUUUUGCCACAGAAUAACAGGAUUGCUCCUCUGGAAAUUUGUUAACGUUGAAAGAGAUCACACAGGCAAGGCAGCUGAUUUGUAAAUAUCCAGGCAAGGCAGCUGAUUUGUAAAAUAUGCAUGUCUAUUGCGAAGUAUGAGGUGUGUAUUUCCACAUUAGAGAUUACAUUUCCACAUAGCAGAAGAAGAAAGACUUGUGCAAAAUAGAUUAAUUGCAGCGGAACACAAUAUGCCAGAUGAACGUGUGAAUGAAUGUCAGAAUGGGCUGAGACACAUGCAAGUGCAAAUGCACCAGCAGGGCCAGACUAGUGCUUCUGUCAGUCCAUCGCUCCUUGCCACCUCACCCUCCUCCCUUCCUGGUAUGCAAUAGCAACCCACCUGUUGGAAAACUAGUAUAGCAGCACCCCUCCAUCCCACAAAGCACUUGAGUCAGAUCAACAAUUAUUAUUAUUUUAUUUUUUUUUAAUGUACAGAAAUGAUGGAAAUGUAAACUCUGCAAUAAGUGAAAUAUUGGAAAAUAAAAAUAAAUAGCCAAACAGCUACCCAAAGCAAAUUUAUCUUACUAAGCCCUAAAUUAUAUCUUCCCAAAAUUUCCACCAAGUUAAAAGCUUACUGAAUUCCCAGUCUUAUAGCUUAAACAUUGGGGUGGGAGGUUGUAGCUACCAAUCCAAGCAGGGAUCCGAAGAACUAUGGUUUCUGCAGACUAAUGGGGGAAAUUGAGAAAGAUGGAACCUAGGAUCUACAAUUUUAUUAUCUAGUGCAAUGAUCCUCAGCCAGUGGGCCGUGGCUGAUGCCUUAGAUCCCAGCUCCCCAGAGAUAAAACUAUGUAACUGCCCUCCACUGGAAGCAAAAUACUGGGAGAGGGAGACAUGGCUUUGUGGUUAGAUAAAAAAAGGCUACUACAGCCAACUUAUGCAGGGGUCACAUUCCAAGCCCCCACAUGCAUCAGUGAAAUGUGCACAAGUGAGGAGCACCCUGGAGAGCCCUAGUGGCUUAUGAGGGGAUGUCCUCUUUAGCCUCUGGGGAGCGUCUUCUCGCAAGCCACUAGGACUCUCCAGGGUGCUCCCCACUUCCAGGUUCCAGGCACCAGUGGUGAAGCUGCAUGCUUCAUUACCGGGGGCAGAGAGCAGACAGGGGCGUGGCUGGCGCAACCUGGAGGCGUGGCAAGCACCCCAGGCGUGUGACACACCGCCUGCAGGGGUGUGGCGCACAUUCUCUGGGCGUGACGUGCUGCCUGUGGGGGCGUGGUGCCCGGCAUGCAGAGGGUGCACGGUGUGUGUCGGGGGCACCGCAAUGGCACCCUACCAGAAUAGUGGUGCUGGGGGCGGUCCGCUCCCUCUGCACCCCCGUUCCUCCGCCAGUGCCAGGCACCGCAUGUCUGUGUGGUCACAUGUGGGUAGAUCAUGCUCAAGUUGGAAGUUGUCUGGGAGAGUUUAGGGUUGGUGCAUCACCAACUCUAAGGGGCCCAGGCUGCGCCCCACAAUUUUGAGAACAAUCAGUGAGGGAAGGGAGAAUGCAAAAGCAUCCCUUUGGUUUGAGAUGUUUUUCCGCUUUUCAAAGUGCACUUUUCUGAUUGGAAAUUGCUGCAGGAUUUCUGGGGAGGAAAUUACUUCCAUCUUUGCAGAUAUAAUGCCCAAAAAUGACAACCGAGAAGGUGGUUCACAUUUUUUUAAAAAAAUGGGGGGGGGAGGAAAGGGAGGAGAGAGUGAGAGUGAUUUUCUAGCAUUUUGGACUCUGUUAGAAGCCUGUUUCGUAUCUUCUCCAAAGUAAAAAGGUAAAAGACCCCUGGACGGUUAAGUCCAAUCAAAGGCGACUAUGGAGUAGCGAUGCUCAUCUUGCUUUCAGGCGGAGGGAGCCGGCGUUUGUACACAAACAGCUUUCCAGGUCAUGUGGCCAGCAUGACUAAACCGCUUCUGGCACAACGGAACACCGUGACGGAAACCAGAGUGCACAGAAACGCCGUUUACCUUCCCACUGAAGCAGUACCUAUUUAUCUACUUGCACUGGUGUGCUUUCGAACUGCUAGGUUGGCAGGACCUGGGACAGAGCAAAGGGAGCUCACUCCAUCAUGGGGAUUCAAACUGCGCUUCUUCCGAUCGGCACGCCAUAGUGGUUGCAAUCUGUGCUCUAGGUCACAGUAUGGUAUAGAGAAGUGGGCAAUGUGUAGUCUGAAUACAAGACUCCUGGAAUCAAUUUUCAUGAAACUGACUGAGCAGCCUGCAGCAAGUCCACUCUCCACUGUCCCUGCUCUGAACCAUCACAAGAUGGUUGCAAGAAUGACCAAAUUUAGAUUAAGAAUUGUAAAGUAUGUUGGCUGCUGCAAAAUAGUGAAUUAUAUUUGGUAUAUUUUUUCCAAAUUUUAUUAUUAUUAUUAUUAUUAAGAAAAUUUGUUUUCAUCUUUCCCCAACUUACAAAAGCAACAUUUAGCAGGGCAAUAAAUGACUCAUUAUUUUUUAAAUGCCUUUUCAAAGCUCUACUGCUUAAAUUUUAAGCCUUGAAAAGAAAUCAUAGGCAAAACCGCUAAAUGAUGAAACAACACAAGUUUUUGCCAAGUAUUCCACAGGGGAACCACAGAAAGAAUGUAGUUGGUCAAGGGUUGAGAACCUCUGAUCUAGUGUAUAGGAGACCCAGAAUGGUCCAAAUGGGAAAUCAUUUCAGGUAAAAAUUGAGGGAAAAUGUUUAAAAUUGGAAUGGUCUAAGCCGUGCAAGGGAAUAAACAGAAUGUAAAAUAAAAAUGCAUUGAUUUAUAGCACAGAAUGAGUCAAAUAUCUGGCCUCAAAAGGCUGACUCAGAGAAAAUGGCUAAGAACAAAUCUGAGGGUGGAAUAUGCUCAAAGCAAGAAAUCCCUUCUCUAAAACAAAGAAGGCAAAAAGGCAAGCUGGGCUCCAAAGGACUUGGACCAAACAAAAAUAUAUUGGGGGGAAAUGGAGUUCAGCAAAAAUAAAAUUAAGCAAAAGAAAGCAAGUGACUUCUAACUAUGAGAUGCAGUAUUUUUGAUUCCUCUAGAUCUCUACAUUUUCCUGUCUUCUGAUUCAUUAUUUUCUCACAUCUCACCUUUUUUCACUAACAUUCCAUUAGUGGUAAAUGACAAAUCAGUGGAAGGCCCAUGUAAACAUAGGAAGUUUAUUUUAUUUUUAAUUAAUGUGGAAGUGGAUGGACAUAUUCCUAAGCCACAUAAAGUAAGGGUUUGAUUAUCUUCUAUAUGUUGUAUUAUUUCUUCUUGAUUAAAUUAUACAGCCGCUAUCUGAAAAUGAGUAAAUGUUUCUUGGUUUGGGUAUUCCAGCUUUCAGAUGUCAUUUUAAUAAGGAAGACCAACUAGACAGCACACUGACAGAACUCAAAUAUGGGGAAGAAAAGGUAAGCUGAAUUAAAAUGAACAAAAAUAUAGCAAGUGAUUUGGGAGGUUAUAUAGGGUUGCCAUAUGUCUGAAAUUUCCUGGACAUAACUCAUAAACUUUGCUCAAAAAAGCUCAACAACUUUUGUGUCUGUAUUUCCACUUUUUGAAAUAUGGCAACCCUUUGUUAUAACGAGAUUUAAUCAUCAGGGUUUUCAAAUUAACUUCACUGAAAAAUCUGAGUUUGAUCUCCAAAAUGUAAACUUCCUUCCCACUAAAUAGAAGCCUAUCCAUUUAAAUCUUUUUAGAUGUGUGGUGCAAGACAUAGGACAGGAUUGUGUAGAACAGUGUUCUUUGACCUUGGGUCGCUAAAGAUUGGACAACUCUAUUCAUCUCCAACAGGAUGAUGGGCAGUAUAGUCCAUUCACAUGAAGAGAAUCAAAGUUAAAUAACACUGAUGCAGAUGAAGGGGUGUUUGCAAAAUGUUGAAUGUAGUGUAGAAAGAAAGGGUUUGUUUUCAUUAACACGGUGUAUUGCUUUUUUUUUUUCUUAAAAGGGCUAAAAAUAUCAAGAAAAGCAACCAGCUAGAUUUGCCUGAAAAAAUUGAGGACUGGACUAAGGAACACGUAAAACAAUGGGUGACAAAUGAACUUAAGCUUGAGGAGAAACAUGGCGACAUCCUUCUUCAUCAAGAUGUGUCAGGCGCCAUUUUGAAGAUUUUAACCAAGCAAGACCUCACAGAAAUGGGUAUAACCCAUGGCCCAGCUUGCCAAAUAAUGCAAGCACUGGGAAAAAAGGAUGUUCCAGGUGAAAGCCCUAGCAAUUCUUCUGGGCAAGAAUGUAGCGCAAGGCCUUUUGAUACUGACUCUUCAAUUAAAAGUGAAGAUGCAGGUGCAAUGAAAGAAAAUAGCAAAGAGAAUUCAGCCGGUGCUGAUGCGUCACCAGCGUUUGCAAGAUCUAAAUCCACUGAGCCACCAGAAUCUGUACUUGAAGAAACAAGAAAAGAUAUGGCUCACCAAGGAAAUGGAAAUAACCAGCUUCCAACUAGACAAACUUGUCUACCCUACCCUUUUGAUGAGUUUCACAUUAGCCAUCGUUAUAUUCAACAUUAUGUCCUUCAUAUACCUGAAACAGGUCCCCUCAAUCUUAUUGAUCCAGUCCAUGAAUUUAAACUCUUUACAAAUACAGAAAAUGCAACAGAGGAGGAUAUGAAGAUGAAAUUUUGCAAUGAGGUUUUCAGAUUUGCUGCAGCAUGCAUGAACUCUCGCACCAAUGGUACUAUCCACUUGGGAGUCCGGGACAAGCCACAUGGAGAAAUUAUUGGAGUAAAAGUUCAAAAUAAAGAGAAAUAUAUUAGCUAUUUUGAGUUAAUAAACAAAUACUUUGGAGAUGCUGUCAUUGGUGUUGCAAAAGAUUGCAUUAGGAAACCUAGGUUUGUGGAAGUAUUGCAACAAAACAGCAUCCCAUCAGAAACAUUUGUUAUUGAAGUUGAUGUGGUUCCAAAGUACUCUAGUUGCCUAUCUAAAUAUUUCCCUACUAAGAACUACAGUUUUAAGACUAAAAAAUGGGAUCCAUGUUUGUUUAUAAGAGAUGGUGCAUCUUCCAAAAACCUCUUAAAAUCUAAUGAUAAAACAGAACAUAAAUCAUUUUUGGUCAAACUGGAGAAAUUAGCAGAGGACAGAAAAGAAGCUGAGGAAAAACAUGGAGAAAAAAGGAGGAAUAUAGAUGGGGAAGGUCGUAAGCUGGUGAGCUUGCUCACAGGCAACAGAGACUUACUAGAUAACUCCCAUUAUGACUGGUAUAUUUUAGUCACAAACAAAUGUCAUCCACAUCAGACACAGCAUAUAAACUUCUUGCAGGAAAUAAAGUUAUUUGCUGUUCUAGAGUUUGAUCCGGAAUCAGCAAGCAAUGGUGUCGUCAAAGCAUUCAGAGAAGACAGAGCUGCAAACCUUCAUUUUCCAAAGCAGUACCAGAAGCCUGGGAAUUCAACUUCUGAAACAAUUGAAGAACUUAAUCUCUAUCAGCAGCCAAGUUGGAUUUUCUGCAACGGUAGGUCAGACUUGAACAGUGAAGCAUAUCAACCCUUGAGUCCUAAACUCUGGCAGCAGCAGAAGGCAGCUGAGGUUAGGAAACUGAUCUCAUUUCUAUCCCAUCCAGAUAUAAUGCAAAGAGGAAAAUUUUUGGUGGUGUUUCUCAUGCUGUCAAAAGUGGAGGAUCCAGGUGAUCCCAUGAUAGAAGCUUUCUGUGCUUUUUAUCAAGAACUUAAUGGACUUGAUGAUAUGCUGUGUAUAUGUAUUGGGGCACAAACAUACCCUUGCUGGAGAGAUCUCCUGCGAGCCAGAUUUAUUGAAUCAGACACACUAGCAGAUAGGUGCAUAUCUCAAUUGAGCCUACCAAUGGUGAAUGGUACUAUCCAAAAACUAAAAUCAGUGACCCAAACUUCUCAGAGACUUUUGCCAUCAAAGGGGGGUUCCUUUACAAUUCUCUCAAAGAAAGAAGAAGACUUUAUGACUGCACUGGAAAUACUAUGUGAAAAUGAAUGCAAGGACACAGAAAUUGAGAAAAACAAAGAAAAAUUUUAUGAAUUUAAAAAAUCCCAAGAAGAGCAUUUUUAUCGUGGUGGGAAAGUGUCUUGGUGGAAUUUCUAUUUCUCCUCUGAAAACUACUGUUUACCUUUUAUUAAACGGGAUGCAUAUGAAACGCUUGAAGAUCUGAUUGAAAGAGGAUCUCAGUCUCCUAAACAGUCGCCCACAAAAAUUAUCAACCUUUAUCAUCAUCCGGGUUGUGGUGGUACUACUUUAGCCAUGCAUAUUCUCUGGGAACUGAGAAAGAAAUUUAGAUGUGCCGUUCUGAAAAAUAAAACAGUUGAUUUUGCAGAAAUUGCAACACAAUUGACCACAUUACUUACAUAUGGGACAUCAAACAAGUUUGAUUAUUUGCCAAUACUGCUACUUGUAGAUGACUUUGAAGAGCAAGAAAAUGUUUACCUUCUACAGCAUGCUAUGCAGUCUGUCAUAGCAGAAAAGGGUAUUCAAUAUGAAAAUCCUAUAGUUAUAAUCUUAAAUUGCAUGAGAUCCCAGAAUCCUGGGGAAAGCUCAAAAAGCAACAGCUUGAACAGUAUUGCACUGAAACAAAAACUAAGUCCGAAAGAACAAAGGGCUUUUGAGGAAAAACUGAAAGAAAUUGAAGAGCAGUAUGAUCAUCCUGAAGAUUUUUACUCAUUUAUGAUUAUGAAAAGAAAUUUUGACCAGCAGUACAUAGAGAAUGUAGUUAAGAACACUCUAAAAGGUUUGGAUGUUAGCAGUAAGCAAGCUCAACUUAUUUCCUUUCUGGCACUGUUAAAUUCUUACGUCACUGAGUCCACGAUUUCAGUAUCACAAUGCGAGGAAUUUUUGGGAAUAAGUACUAAAAAGGCUUACUGGGGUACAGAAAACCUGGAUGACAAGAUGGGAAACUGCUCCAACAUUAUAAUACAGACUGAAGUGCAAGAACGUGGGCGAUACAAAGGGGUACGUAUUAGUCAUUCAUUGAUUGCUGGACAAUGCUUAGAGGAAUUUAAACAAACUUACAAACUAACAAAAAGUAAGAUUACACUCUUGUUGUUAAGAGAGAAUUUAUUUUAUGACAUGGGCAUAGGGAGAGACAAACUUCAGCAGGAUGUUCAAAGCAUGCUGCUUAUAAGGCACCGAAAGGAACAUGGAGAUGACACAGACACUUUGUUUUCUCCAUUAAUCGAAGCAAUUCAAAAAGAAGAGAGGAGUGUUGAAGUUGAAAGGGUGUUGACUGAGGCAACCUGCAGAUUUAGUCAAAAUGUAUUUAUCAGCCAAGCCUUAGCAAGGCAUUUCUACAUCAAGGAGAAAAACUUUAAUCGUGCACUAGAGUGGGCUAGAAAAGCUAAAAAAGGUGCCCCUAACAACUCAUAUAUAUCAGACACUUUGGGUCAAGUUUAUAAAAGUGAAAUAAAGCAUUGCCUAGAAGAAAAUGCAGAGAAAUCUAUAACGGUUGAAAUUCUGAAACGUUUGUUGAAUCUUGCAAAGUGUGCCUCAGAGGCAUUUAAAGAAUCUCAAGAACAAACAGAAAAUAAAGACAGCGAAAAAGAAUGUUUUCAGAGUAUAAAAUAUAAGAGAAAAUAUGAAACAUAUAAUACAUCUGGUUACCUUGGAGAAAUAGAAACUGGUCUAUAUGCUAUAGAAAUGAUUGAAUCCAUACCUCUGUUCAGCAAAAAAGAUGAACUCUCUAGAAAACACAUAAUACAGUUUUUGUCAGGAAAUGGGGGUAUUCCAAAAGUCCCGGGUGAUACAGAGAAUGAAGAAUACAGAUUGACACUGGAAGAAUAUGCUAGUUAUCUAAGUAAUCUGCACACAAAUUUGAAAAAAGCAUUUGAUUUUUUCGAGAACUACUUUGUUUUUUUGAAGCCAAAAAAUCCUGAAAAAGAAAUUGUGGAGCUCAAAAUACGGAGAAAGGUACAAGAAGUUUUCAACAAGUAUGCCGAAACAUUUUGCCACUCUGAUUCAGACUGGCUAAUGAACUCAAAACUGAGUUCAUCUUUGCAGGUGGAAAAUUACAAGAAGAGUUUAGAAGCUUCCAAAGCUGACAAGUUUUCUGGAAUUUUGGAACAUCUCAGCAAUCAUGAAAAUGCUAUAAGCAAAAUUGAGGACGUAGUGAAACAGUAUACACUUUUGCUUGAUCAGAGCUCUAGCAAAUCUUUGCAGAGGUACAAACUGAAUUUUAUUUUGGCCAACAUUGUUCUCCAUUGCCUCAAUCCAAAAUCCAAGAUGGUACCAUCUUUUCUAGAACUGAAAGAACAGCUUAGAACAAUUUUACAGUCAGUAGGUCUAGAUUAUCGAUUUGCAGAACCAUACUUCUUGGCUUCUUUAUUAUUCUGGCCUGAAAAUCAAAAGCAAUUAGAUAAAGAUUCCAAACAAAUGGGAAAAUAUAUCAAUUCUUUGAAGAAGGCAUUUAAUAGGCAGUACUGGCAAAUGUGCCGUUCCAAACAACCUAUAGCAUUUUUCUACCUUGGAAAAGGAAGCAAUCUGAGCAAAUUUAUUCACAAAGGAAAAAUUGAUCAGUCUGUUACUGCUAAGAGUAGGGGCAAGUCAAGGCAAAAGAUGAAUGAUGAGCUGAGUUCCCUGUGGCAGACUGGAGAGAUAUGGAAAACAGAGGACGCCAAACAUCUUUUGCUUCGGCUGAAUGGGAAGGCUGAAGAUAAUAUCGUCUAUGUUGAUUACGGUAUUGAUGAAGACAUUAGAAUACCAGCAUGGCCUGUUUUCUUAGGCCAGCUGAAGAGCGGUCGGAGUGUAGAAAGAGUAUCUUUUUACUUGGGGUUUUCCAUUGGAGGCUUGAUAGCCUGUGACAUAGAAAUUAUUUAACCCUCUUUGAAAAUACAUUCUGUUGUACAGCACUGUAAAUUUAAUUUGACCUCUCCUUUGUCUAUAGCAGCAAGAGACACAUGGCAUUUUAUCCUAACACCAGAUAUAGUAUUUGGUUGUAUCCAACUAAAUUUUACUCAGAGCAGACUUGUUGAAUUUGAUGACCCCAAGUUAAUAAUUUCAAUGGAUAUAUUUGAUUGUGGCUGGCUGUAGAUACAACCCUUUUUCCUCCUCUUUGCCCUGAAGGACAAGGAUGUCUCCUCAAUCUGUAGUACAGCCAGAUGGGGCAAUAGCUGAACCAAUGUCACUUCCUUGGGCAAUAGAAGCUUUAUAUUAGAAUGAUUGAGCUUUAAGCAUAAAAGCCAGGGAUGAGGCACCUUUGGCCCUACAGAUGUUGUUAGACUACAGCCCCUAUCAUCCCUGGCAAUUUACCAUGCUGGCUUGAGUUGAUGGGAAUUGGAGUCCAACAAUAUCUAGAGGGCCACAGGUUCCCCAUCCCUGCCAUAGACAUACAUAGGCAAAAAUAUUUUUCUAAUAAAGGUCAUUUUAGUUUAUCUUUGCAGAGGAAGAGGGAGGAGUCGACUGCUAACUGGGCUGGUAGAUUUUGCUAACUAAUAAUUGGAUAUUCCCUUCUGCCAGUCCAAAUAACCAAUUCAUGAAUAUAAUAUGAUUUGAUUAUACCACAACCUGUUGCACAGCAUAUGGCAAUUUCAUUAUCUUUGCUUUAAGCAUCUUGUAUGUCACGUGUCCCAUUGCAAAGACAAAGUAUAUUUUUCACAAAACCAACCCUGACUGAGUCGACAUAAGAGGCUUCUGCAGUCAGUUUAGUUAAUUUCUGUCUUGUACUUCAUUUUGUAAGUCUGUUAUUUCCCCCCCUUUCCUGUGUUCCUCUCUAUUGUAUUGGAUCCAAACUUAGUCAUGAUUUAAGUCCCCCUGAUUUAAAUGCAGCUAAUUUACAACACAAUCCAGUGCAUGUAUAUUCAGAACAGCUUUUCUUUUUCUGUUUGGCUAUGCUAUUUAUCUGCUUGCUUCUUAUAUUUUCUGCUUUUCUGUUCACUUUUUUAAUUAUUAAUUUUAUUGUUGGUUGGUACCUACUUAGUUUACUUUUGAAGAGGAAGCAGAGAAAAAAAGGGUAAAUAGCAUUUAAAUUUUGUUCUCUUUUGUUGUAAGAAAUAACAUUCCAUUCAUUAAUAGUAUUAUAUCUAUCUAUCUAUCUAUCUAUCUAUAUAAAAUAAGAAUUUGAUCUUGGUGGUCUGAUUUUUAUAUUAUAAUCUGCUGGAUUAAUGAAAUAUUUGGGGGUCACCUGAACCGUGAACACGGAAAGCCUAUAAGAGAAUGGAGUGUCCCAGGACAACAAAGAGAAGUUCAGCACUGGUUCACCUGACCAGGAAUGUCACAGAAUAUAUUUCCUUGGAUAUUACCAAAGGAAAAUGGAAAGGUAUUUGAUAGGGAUAAUUAAGGGAUGAAGAUAAAUCCUAAAUUGGUAUGAGCUGAACGGCAGAGCUGUACCACCCAUAGGAGAGUGGGAGAAAUUAAAUAUGAUUAGGAUUUUAAUGUGAACCUAUCUAAUUUGUAGUUUCCAAAACCAUACAUGAACUGAAACAUAGUUGUCAUUUGUAAUUUGUACUUCUCUGAAUUUUGUGCUGCAGUUCUUCUGCCAAAUAAUGUACUGUAUUCAUAAAUGUGCAUAUCGGGGAAAGUGUGAAAAUAACAUAUCAAAUGCAUUAUAUUGGGGAAAUUGCUUUUAAAAAUGUCGACAUCAUGCAAAACUGCAUACCAAAAUGUGUAUAUUGGGAGAAAUUUGCACUAAAAUUCUGAUGAAUUGGCAUUAAAAAAAAUUCACAAGCUGAUGCAGAAAUGUGGAGUGAAUUUAAGACUAGAAAAAUUAGAAACUGAGAGGAAACAAAAUUGAGAAUUGUCAUUCCCUAAUUAUCCCAUAUACUAUACUAUUAGCAAACUCAUUAUCUAAGUGCUGAUCCUCAUGUAGCCAAAACAGCACCAUUCACACAUAAGAGGCAUGUAAAAGUAGUACAAAAAUCUUUUGGGUGCAGGCGAACCUUAAGAAGAGGCACAAAACAGCCCAGUGAGGACUGAGCAUGGUCAAUGGACACAGAAUUUAACUUGUGACUGACUACUGGAAGAAACCAGAGGGAAGAGAGAAUGGAAUGGAAUGGAGUGGCUGGAAUUUUUGAAUACAUUGCAACAUUUGGUUGCAAGUCACAUUCUUCUCCACCAUUUGCCCCCCUGCCCUGUUUUUUUUUAAACGCCUUUUCUUAUAUAAGCCCAAUCAUAGAUUGAUAGACAUACCUGCAUAUAUUACAAACUGAACUAAUAUGAGGACUAAAGCUCACUUGUAUUAAUCCCGACAUUGCUCACAUCUCUUAUUCUGGCAGAUAAUGUUGCUCCUCCAAAAUAGAUUUGGCCUCUUUGGGCAGCUUUUGCCAUCUAAGGCUUCAAUGUUUCACAUAUGGGGCGUGUAUGUAAAUCCACUGCCUAUAGUAGGGCUAGCAUCUGAAUAAAC